GUGCAUUGUGAAUUAGAAAAUACCAAGUGCAAGACUGAAGAUGAGUGAAACUGACAAGAAUGACAUUGUCAACGACAAAGAUGCCGAGGGAACGAGUGAGACUAAUAAAACAAAGGAGAAAUUUUGGGAAAGCGAAUGGAUGCUGAGGCCCUGUGAAAUGUACAACUCGGAGUUCAAGGUUUGUAAUUCCUUCAGAGGGAAGUUUAAUCAGCUGUUCGUAGACGGAGAGACUGCUGAUUGCAGCCAGUGGAAGGUGGAUUACAACAACUGCACCAAGUGGAAGAAAUUAGAUGAUCAGCAGGCUUACGAGGAUCUCGUGGCGAGUGAAAAAGUCCGCCGAGUACAGCGAUUAAAGGGACAUUAUAUGAAUGACGUGUGGACAAGACGAGAAGCACCACCCACAGAUUGGAAUGCACCCUUACCUAAAUGGUUGGAGGAACGUGAUUCCGGGACCUUUCUCGCGGCGAAGCAACAACAGAUAAGUACAGGCAAAGACAGAGAGAUCGAACUAUAUAUGCCUUCAGCAUGUACAAUACUUUAGCAAUAAAUAGAUGAAACUGUA